AUGGACAAGAAACCACCGAAGUCCCCCCCCGUCCCUCCGGGGCGGGUGGGUAGACAAGAAAACGGAUUUUACAAUCCACCCGCAGCCUCAACAGUAAAACUCGCGACCCCCCCGGUCCCCUCGGAUAGGGUGGGUAGUUUGAAACGCGAGUUUUACAAAGUACCCGUCGACACCAGGACUCCCGAACCCGCCCGCGGCCCCACAAAGCCGUGGCGCUUCGACUUCGACGGACUCAUUGAAGCCCUUGGACGCCCCCACGCACCGACCCCCCUCCCGCGGGUAGCCCCAGACCGACUUUCCCCUCGCGGGCACCUCGAUCGUGAUCGAUCCAGGGUUGCCGGCCCGGAGAGAGUCGGUCAUAUACCUCCACACAUGGAGGUAUAUCCCCCGGCGCUCGCCCCUGGGAUAGUGGAGCCGUCCCUGGAAGAUACCAAACCACAGCGCCACCUGGACGAGCGCCCGACCACUCUUCGACCUUCGGCAGUUGAGGAGGGACCGGAGCGCAGCCCGCCUGACUGCGAAGAGGAUGAUGACAACAUCCCGCCGCCCAAGGACCAGCAACUCCGUGCCAGCCCCGGAGUCGCCCCGCAGCCCCACAAAGGCCCUUCUAAGGGCCCCCACCACCACAACAACGACGCCGGACACACAGAGGCCCCCAAGCUGGGAACCUCUGUACCAGCACCCCCGGUUCCCGCGCCAGCACCUGCUCUCGCGGACACCGGCCCCACCCACGCAACCGUCGCAGCUCCACAGCUGCGCCCGAACAAGACGACCGAGCGCGCCGCACACUCGCGUCUCUGCCACCUACUGGGCAUCGCGCCGCUCCACGCACGCCCCCCGGACAACCGCCGUCAGCGCCAGCGCCCCCAGGGCGCGGGUGCCAGAAGGAGAAAAAGAAGACGCCACUCAGCGGGCACUGCGCCGCUCCACGCACGCCCUCCGGACAGCCGCCGACAGCGCCAGCUCCCCCCCUGGGACACCGGCGCAAGAAGCAGAGGGAGUCAGCCCACAGCAGCUACGAGGCCCCACAGCCACAAAGCCGCUGAUAGGCUAUAA